AUGAAGGAGAACCGAGACGGCGAAAGAAGUAAAGGAGAAGACGGAGGCAAAGAGAAAUUCCAAGAACGAGACGGCGAUAGAAGUAAAUGCAAAGACGGAGGCAACGAGAAAUUCCAAGAACGAGACGGCGAUAGAAGUAACUGCGGCAUCGAGAAUUUCGAGGAAGAAGACGGCGGCAAAAGUAACAACGAAGACGGCGGUAAAGAGGAUUACGAAGUAGAAGAAGGCGACGAAAUUAAUAGCGAAGAUGGAGAAGGCAAGAACAAAGUUGGCGAAAAGAACGACAAAGGCGAAGACGGUGAAAAAGUUCGGGAAUAUAUAAGCGAAGAUGGAGAAAACGAAAGCGAAGCUGGCGAGGAAACAAGAGGUGAAAGAAGCUACGAAAGAGACGGCGAACAGAACAAAGGUGGAGGCAGAAAUCGAAACUGUGCAGAAGUGAACAUGCAGAACCAAGCUAGAGAGAAAGAAAAGAUGGAGAACAAUUUUAAUCAAAGUAUAGACAUUUCUUUGAGAAUGGCUACGAAAGUGUUGUGUGAGUUUGCGGGCGAAUCAUGUGCUCGCAAAUGGAUCACUCAGAUGUAUAAUAUCGCAAGCAUCUAUGGUAUAACUGGAAACUAUAUAAAAUUGUUGAUGGUUAGCAAAAUUAAAGGCAAAGCGAAUGUUUGGUUGCACGCAAAUGGUGGGCGUGUUUUGUUGCCAUUGGAGGAAUUGACGGCUGAGCUGAUCGUAAUCGGGAGUUAUGUUGACGACAAGAUAAUGCGUGCUCAGGGCAUUAAUAUUGAUGCAGAUGAAAUGUUGAGCUGCAUCAUCGAAGGUAUUACAAAUCAAGGGCUGCGCAAUCUGGCCACAAUCAAUGCUUUGUGGAUGUUGCGCACAUAA